UUCCAGAUGGCUACCUCUACAGACCUGAAUUGGGAAGAAAACUUGAUGGCCCCCUGGAUGUCUAACUCAUCCCGUGCUGGAGUCAUACUAAAUCCUGCCUUCCCUAGUUUGAAAACCACUAGAGCAAUCGGCAUUGGAAAUGCCUUAUCUGAACUUGCAGUUAAUUCACUACACAGUUCAAGCAGCACUUCCCUAAGUGAAGACUCUCUACCCAGUGGUCAAGUCUUGGAACUUAGCAGUCCUUGUGAGGAAAAGUUGGACAAAUCCAAACCGCUAUUUGCAUCAUCAUUAGCUAAUAAGAAGGAGCAAAUGCUUGUGGUUAAAGAUGCUCCAGCCCAGUUUAUAACCCUGACAACUGAUCUAGAAUGUGAUAAAUGGGAUGAUCUGGACGAAGGAUGUUCCACCGAUCUACUUUUGCAGAAACUUCAGCAGCUCAAAGGUUUGCAACAGUACAAGCAAGAGCAGCUGAGAAGGCAACAAAUGGGGCAAAUACAAAGGCUACUGGAAGAGCAACAGAAACUCCUUUCCAUGGUUUCUGAACAGCAAGGGCACACUGGUUUUGCUAUAGCAGAAGAUGACGUGAGUCAAAGAUAUGCUCAGCUAGCUCACUCGUCGCCCGUGCCUCAUCUUCCACCUUGCUGCAGUGGAGACAGUACUCAGUGGGACAGUGUGCCUCGUGUAUCUUCUCCUGUUGAUCGAAAGACUUUCAAGAAUGGCCAGAUACUGAAAGGAAAUCUCUCUGCAGAUCCUUUUGGUGAGAAGCAGUGUGUAGACGGGCCUUUCAAAAUGCAGAAUGGAAUGAAGGUGGAAGACCAAAAGGCCAUUUCAGGAGGAAAGAGUCAGUCUCCAGAGCAAAAUAUACGGGGAUAUGCAGAUGGUGACAUUAGUUGUGAAGAAAUAGGGAAUGCAGAGACUUCCAAAAGUCUGCCUGGAGGGAAGUGCUUGGAGACUCUGGAUAAAGAGGAAAGACCUGUUCCAGCUAGUAUUCAAGAGAGAAAACAGACGUUUGAAGAAUUUCUAGAAGAACAGAUACGACUGGAAGAGGAGCGGCUGCGCCAGAAAGGAAACAUAAAGGAUGCUGGAAAAUCAGCUUUCCCAAAACCAGUUACAAAACGACCUUUUCUAAAACGAGGUGAAGGUUUAACUAGGUUUACCAAUGCCAAGUCUAAAGUAGCUAAACAGAAAGAAACCAAAAUAGCUCUUCCUCCUGAUGCUUCAGAAGUAAAAAAUACAGUUAAAGCAGACAAAGCACAACUCCAUCGGAAAACUGCCUCUUCAAAUAAAGAUCACGUUUCUGACAACUUUGUGUCUAAAAAUGGUAAUCAAAAUGCUAAAACGAAGAAGGGCUUUGCUCUUCCUGCUCGGAAAACAGCAGCGCUCAGGAACUGCGUUGGGAAAGGGCUCCCUUCCUCUACAAGACAAAACGCCAAUGAAAGGAAACCUGGAGAACUGAGAAGUUCUGUCAGAUCAGAAAUAAGUGAUGGUAGAGAAAAGAAUAAAGAAAAUAUAAUGGCACUUGCAAAGCUGGAUGAAAUUGACACCAAGUUAUCAGGAGAAAACUAUGAGCGCCCGGCAGAACUGACCAAAUGUCUUAUAAAUUCAUUUGAAAAGGACCCAGAACACUCUUUUGAACGUUCUUUCCAGAAGAAGUUGGAAAACUGGGAAACUGAAAAGGAAAUAGAAAAAAUUGAAUUGGAUGAAUUUUUGUUUCUAGAGCAGGCUGCUGAUGAAAUAUCUUUUGCUAGCAAUUCCUCACUUAUUAUAAGGAUCUUGGAUCAAGGCCAGCAAAUUUCUACAGGCCAUAGACGGUCUUCUACUCCUGUCAAAUCAAGGCAACAGCAUAUGAAUGUGCUGGAUAUUACGGCUGUGAACAAUAGAAAUGGAGAACCGUGUGUUUCCCGAGAAGCUAAGAAUGAGAGGGUCAGAGACGCAAUCACUGCUUCUCCGGCACCAGACGCACGGGAGGAUCAUCGAAAUAAACUGGACGGCAAAAUGCUUCAGGCUUUUCCCGCUGCUGAAUUUCAAGAUUUUGAAAAUACCAGGUGGGAUGAAGAUAAGUCCGAUGGAAGCAGUGAUAUGACUUCAGAGGAAGAAUUUGAGGUUACCAUAAAGCCUGCCAGUGAGAGAGCUAAAAAACCUGAUUUGAAUAAUAGAGGUGACAGUCCUGAACUUUCUGGGCACAAAGGACAAGCUAACAGCACAAGCAGAGCAGCUAGCCCUGGUUUAGUGGAGAUAAACAAAGCUGUUGUAUCUCCCAGCGUAUGCCGUGCAAACGACAAUCAAAUUGAGUUUGAUGACGAAACUUCGUGGUCUGACUUUGAAGAGAACGGGAGUUGGUGUACCCAAGUUCAAAACACUGAUGUGGUUAUUAAAGUGCCCCUGCCUCCUGACUGCUCUGCUAAGAGUGAGGCAUUCUGCCCAGAUAAAGUGAUAAAGAGGAAAGUUGUCAUGAUGAAGAAAGGGGAUGUAAUGCCCAAGCAAAGUGUGAGUGAUAGUGAGGUAACUGCACCCCCUACAACAGAUCUGAUGCUAAAGCUCUUUCCUUCUCUAAGGCCCAAACAGAAGGAAAAUGCACAACAAAGACAAAAUGCCAAACCCAACAUGGCUCCAGAAGAAUCGGAAGACACUGCUCGCUCCCAGCUCUUGAGAGAGAAACUUGUUGAAUUGGAAAUGGAAAUUGAACGAUUUAGGGCAGAAAAUGCAUCUCUUACCAAACUUCGAGAAGAGCGUGAGAGUACUUUGGAAAAUCUCAGGAAAGAAAAGGCUGACUUUGAGCAACAGAAAAGCAAAGAACUGGCUCAAAUUGAAGAAUUUAAAAAAGAAGAAACAAGAAAAUUGCAAAAAGAACGUAAAGUUUUUGAGAAGUAUGCACAGGCGGCUCGAGCUAUUCCAGAUAAAAAAGAACGCGAUGAAAUUCAGGCUUUGAAACAGCAAAUGGCAACCUUGCAGGAAGAUUUAAAAAGAAGAGAAGCAAAAUGGUCAACAACCCACACUCGACUUAGAGACCAGAUAGAGUCCUUAAGCAGUGAGAAUACGCAACUACGGGAAGAGAUCAAAAUCAUGGAAAGAUUUCGUUUGGAGGCUUGGAAAAGAAAAGAAGCACCUGCAAACAAGAAGAAAACAGAUGGUUGCGGUUAUUUAAAGAGAGCUGAGUCUACACAAUUACCAGCUGUAUUGCAAAAAAGUCAAGAUGUAACUUCAGUUCAUCAAGCAGAAAAAAGCAGCAAGAUAAAUAGCAAAAGUGAUUUGUCAUCAGAAGGAAGACCUUUUGCAAAACCUAAACUAGCAGCUGCACAUAAUGAAAGUAGCUUGGACAAUAUGGCAAUGAAUUUUGAAGAUUCCUCCAAGACAUUUACGGUAAAUUUACAUUGUAAUGGAACUGUUGGGCCAUCAUCAGCAUUAACUCCCGAUUCUUCAGGUGGUGAAAAAGAAGUAGAGAGGGAAACUAGUCAUCCUGAUGGAAAGGUUGAAAAGUUUUUAAAAAAUGGUUCCCACCUUAUUAUCUUCCCUAAUGGCACACGGAAAGAAGUAAGCUGUGAUGGGAAGAUUACAACUAUAACUUUCUUUAACGGGGAUGUAAAACAAGUUCUAGAAGAUCAAAGAGUGAUCUACUAUUAUGCAGAUGCCAACACGACUCACACCACCUACCCCACAGGUUUAGAGGUUCUACAUUUCUCAAAUGGACAAAUAGAAAAGCAUUUUCCAGAUGGAAGAAAAGAGAUUGUAUUCCCUGAUCAAACCGUUAAGAAUGUGUUCACAGAUGGACGAGAAGUAAACAUUUUCUCUGAUGGCACCAUUGUCCACCUGCAACAGGAUGGAAGCAAGGUCAUAGAGUUCUGCAAUGGUCAGCAAGAAGUGCAUACAGCCCACUUCAAGAGACGUGAGUAUCCUGAUGGUACUAUCAAAACUGUGUAUGCCGACGGACGCCAAGAGACACAAUAUGCCUCAGGCCGUGUAAGAGUUAAAGACAAAGAUGGUGAUGUUAUCAUGGACACUCUUCCAUAAAUGUUGAUGUUUGUUAUGUUUUAAUACGUAUCCAUGUUUUGUUUGUAGCAUUUUCUAAACACUACCCUACUGUUGUUUGCAGAAAAUGUAUGUAAAAACUGUUUGUACA